AUGUCUAUCUUACUCAAUCAACUCUGUGAACUAUUUCACGACACCAUCACCAUCAUGAACAGCAACGACAACCAAUCUGCUUCCAAGGCUGCCGACGCCGCCGAGACUGGCUCCAUCUCCACCAUGAGCUCAGCUGCAUCAUAUGUGAAGAGCGGGCAAGAGAACAAGAGCUCAACACGCAACGGUACCAAGUUCUCGGUCCAAGACAUCAAGGACAAGGCUCUCAAGUCACAGAUCAAGUUCGCCUAA